AUGUCUUUGCCUGAGCACCCAGACUCCGGGCCCCCCAACCCCAGUCUCGAGCCCAGAUCGGGGGCAUCCACCGCAGACGGGCAGAGCGCGACCCCCGCUACAGAUUCAUCAACUGCAACCCAAGUCCCCUCAUCUACAGCGACCCCUAUCCCCACGGGCUCGUCAGGCAACGCUCCCUCAGGCGACGCCUCGUCAGACGACACGGUGCAUGCUACUCAGACUGCAGCCGGUGGCGAAAGUUCCGCUCCCGUACAAGAACACGCUCCGACCGCCGCGACUGGCGCAAACACUCCAGUCGUGCAGCCACCGAUCCCUGAAACCUCGCCAAUGUCAACCGAGGAGCCCAAGGCGGGCGCAGAGCCCUCGACGGAACAAUCGGACGUGGAAGGGAAGGAGGCCGAGGAUACCGGACCUGCACUCCAUAUUACGUUGCUUCUCACAACGGGCUCGCGGCAUCCGUUCACAAUCGACGGCAAAUACCUUCGGAAGCGCUCGGUUAACGUGGAAAACUAUGAUCCGUUUGCAAUGAGCGUCUAUACUUUGAAGGAAUUGAUUUGGCGCGAAUGGCGGUCCGACUGGGAACCCCGUCCGUCAUCUCCGAGUUCGAUCCGCUUGAUCUCCUUUGGAAAGCUCCUAGACGACAAGUCGCCACUGUCCGAGUCGAGAUUCAACCACGAUGCCCCGAACGUCGUCCACAUGACUGUGAAGCCGCAGGAGGUAGUUGAUGAGGAAGACGCAAAGGGCACAAAGGCACAGUACAGUCGGGAGCGUGUUACCAGUGAACGCUCCCCGGGAUGCCGAUGUGUGAUCCUCUAA